AUGGAACAUUUAACGAAAGAACGAAACAACGGCCAUAGAAUCACUUUUCCUGCGACAGCACAAAUGUUGAAGAGAGAAGAAUGUAAGCACACUAAACAUGAUUCUAGCUUCUCUCAUUGGAAGAUUCUUAUUGGUCCUUCUGAUUGGGAAGAUUAUUCCAAGGGAAAGGAAGGAUCUACAAGAUACAGAAUCCAAAACCUUCCACAAAAUUCGGGUCCGGGAGUGUACGAGCUCGGAGUAGCUAUGUCGACUAGUGGUUUAGGGCGUGAAAUUUACAAGCUUGCAACUCGCGUUGUUGUGGUUUAUCUAGGAAAAGCUGAUAAUGUGAGAACAAGACUUCAAAGUUAUGGUAGAAACGGAGCUCAUUUGGGUAAUGGUUGUUCUACAUUUGAAUCUUCCGAAGAAAAGGGACAUUCAUUGUUUCAUGACAUCUUUUUUCAAAGCUUCCCAAUUGUUUAUAGAUGGGCUCCUAUGCAGAACAAGGGAGAUGCAUUGCAAACAGAAUCUCAACUUCUAAGUACAUUUGAUUAUGCAUGGAACACAAUUAAUAACGGUACGCGCCGGCCUGCUGAUAUUCUUCAAAUGCUCAACAAAAUUUCUUCAGGGACAAGAACAUUUUCAGAAGUGGCCAAAUCACUUGUACCCUUCACUCAAAAGAAAGUAGGGAUACUAAUUAAAGCACGCAAAUUGCCUAAGACAGAUAACAAAUCAGACAAUGACGGCUACAAUUUCUUAUCUCGCGUGUUCAAAUUCAACCGGUCACGUAAGGUAGUGAUUCAUGAUACAAGUGAUUUUGCAGUUGAGAAAAAUGGUAAAAUUUGUGGAGUGAUUUUGGACGAUGGUUCUAUUUGUUCAAAGAUGCCGGUUGGAAAAAGAGUAAGGUGUAAUGAACAUAAAGGAAUGAGAAUUAAUAUGGUCACUACAAAAGCAAUGAGAAGAUCCAAAUCAGAAUCAGAAAAUGUGUUCACUGCAAAAGAAAUAAGAAGAUCCAAGUCAGAAUCAGAAAAAGUGAGUGAAAGUCUUGUCGAUGAAAGUAUCACCAAAACUGUUAUAUGUGGAAUUGUUUUGGAAGAUGGAUCAACUUGUAGAAAAGAACCAGUUAAAGGAAGAAAAAGAUGUCAUGAACAUAAAGGGAAGAGAGUUCGCGCAUCUGUUAGUAUAAAUCAGAAAUAA